AUGACCAAGAAAGCCAACCCUUCCCCUAUAAAUACUACACAAGAUGCCAAAUUGCUACUUGACUUGUUUGACAAUUUUCUCAUCGACUGCGAUGGAGUAAUUUGGUUGGCGGAAACCCUUAUCCCUAAAGUAACUCAAUUCCUUCAGUUAUUACAGCAGCAAAAGAAACAAAUUGCAUUUGUCACCAACAACUCAUCGAAAUCGCGUCGAUCUUACAUCGCCAAAUUUGAAAACUUGGGUAUUCAUGGUAUACAUAAAGAUCGCGUCUAUACAACAGGGUAUUCAGCAGUGUUGGAAUUGCAGAAAAUGGGGAUUCGUCAGGGUUCUAAAAUUUGGGUAUUGGGUGAUUCUGGGAUCGAGGACGAAUUGAGUGAUGAAGGGUAUAUCCCACUUGGUGGAUCGAAUCCGUUAUUGGACCAAUCGUGGAAUCCCAAGAAUCCGUUAUUGAAAGUUGAUCCUGAGGUGAAGGCAGUCGUUGCUGGUUCGACUAAUGAGUUCAACUUUAUGCGUAUUGCCACUACGCUACAAUACCUCAUGUAUGACAACAAGAGAAUACCAUAUAUUGGAACAAAUGGUGAUCGAAAUUACCCCGGACCUGAGGGCUUGACACUCCCCGCUGGUGGAAGUAUCGUUGAGUAUAUGUCAUACUGCUCUGGGCGAAGUUAUAUUAAUGUUGGUAAGCCUAGCAAGACAUUUGCCGAUAUUAUAUUUUACGAUACUGGAUUUGAUAGAUCGAGGACUACAAUGAUUGGUGACACGUUAUCUUCUGAUAUAAAAUUUGGCAACGAUGCAAAUUUGGGGAAUGGACAUGGUACUUUGCUUGUAUUGUCUGGGGUAACAACGGUUCCUGAGUUGAAAGAGUUGAUUGCUAGUACUAAUCAUCAACGUGGUGAUGACCUGUUGGUACCUCAAUUCUAUGUGGAUUCAUUAACGAAACUUUACGAGCUAUUAAAUGACUGA